AUGCGCGAGCUCGUGCACGUCCAGGGAGGUCAGUGCGGCAACCAGAUCGGCGCGAAGUUCUGGGAGGUGAUCGCGGAUGAGCAUGGCAUUGAUCCCACAGGUACCUACCAUGGAGACUCCGACCUGCAGCUCGAGCGCAUCAACGUCUAUUUCAACGAGGCUACCGGUGGCAGGUAUGUGCCCCGCGCAGUGCUCAUGGACCUGGAGCCUGGCACGAUGGAUAGCGUACGUGCCGGACCCUUUGGCCAGCUCUUCCGCCCGGACAACUUUGUGUUCGGCCAAACCGGAGCCGGAAAUAAUUGGGCCAAGGGCCAUUACACCGAAGGUGCCGAGCUGAUUGAUUCAGUGCUUGACGUGGUCCGCAAGGAAGCCGAAGGCUGCGACUGCUUGCAGGGCUUUCAGCUGUGCCAUUCUCUCGGGGGCGGCACUGGCGCUGGCAUGGGCACGCUCUUGAUCUCCAAAGUCAGGGAGGAAUAUCCCGACCGUAUCAUGGAAACGUUCUCUGUGAUCCCCUCUCCCAAAGUGUCGGACACCGUCGUCGAGCCCUACAACGCAGUCCUGAGCUUUCACCAAUUGGUGGAAAACUCCGACGAGUCCUUCUUGCUGGACAACGAGGCAUUGUACGACAUUUGUUUCCGCACGCUGAAACUGACCACGCCGACCUACGGGGACCUGAACCACUUGGUCUCCGCGGCCAUGUCAGGGGUGACUUGUUGCUUGCGCUUCCCGGGUCAGCUGAACUGCGACCUGCGCAAGAUCGCGGUGAACCUCGUGCCCUUCCCGCGCUUGCACUUCUUCAUGACGGGCUUUGCGCCGUUGACCUCCCGCGGCUCGCAGCAGUACCGUGCCCUGACCGUGCCAGAGCUUACGCAGCAGAUGUUUGAUGCCAAGAACAUGAUGUGCGCGGCGGAUCCUCGCCAUGGCCGCUACCUGACGGCGGCGGCCCUGUUCCGCGGGCGGAUGUCUACUAAGGAAGUGGAUGAGCAAAUGCUGAACGUGCAGAACAAGAACUCGUCGUACUUUGUGGAAUGGAUCCCGAACAACAUCAAGGCCUCGGUCUGCGACAUCCCGCCCAAGGGCCUGAAGAUGGCGGUGUCCUUCGCGGGCAACUCCACGGCCAUCCAGGAGAUGUUCAAGCGCGUGGCCGAGUACUUCACCGCCAUGUUCCGGCGCAAGGCCUUCCUGCACUGGUACACGGGCGAGGGCAUGGAUGAGAUGGAGUUCACCGAGGCGGAGUCCAACAUGAACGACCUGGUCUCUGAGUACCAGCAGUACCAGGAUGCCACGGCAGAGGAGGAGGGCGAGUUUGAUGAAGAGGAGGGAGAGCAGUCCCAGGAGCAGGCGGCCGUGGCGGCCUACUCAAAGCACCUAAGCCGAUGGAUUGAGAGUGGGCUCCGGGACGGCGCGGUGCUCUUGGCGGGGCUGCCGCUGCAAAGCGUAAAGACUUACCAGCCGGCGUGCUUCAACUUCGCGGAUUACAAGGCCAUCCAGCCCUUCUUCCGGGAGGCUUUGCCCUCGUUGCUGCGGGGAGUGUGUGCCCUUUGCGACACUGCGCCGGCCAAGAGGUCCUCGCCCACCGCGGCCCAGAAGGGAGCCUGGGUGCUUAGCAAGGAGCUGGCCUCGCUCUGUCUAGGUGUGGUGACCUUGCUCUCCUCCGCAGAUUUGGCGACGGAGGACUUUCAGGUGCUGAUUCGCACAGUCCGGCACAUUUUGAUCCUCUCCGCCCAAGCAGUGGAGCAAGAUGUGGCCAUCGUGAGUCUGGGCACCUUCGUGGACGUCAUGGGCUGUGUCUGGAAGGAGGUCUUCUGCCAGCCAAGGCGCCUUGCGCUGCUUCCCAACUUGAUGGAGCUGAUCCACGCCAUCUCCGGCGCCCUGUGGACCAAGAGGCAGCCUGGGCUGACGGAAAAGCCGAGGUCAGAAGCCGCUUCUGAGCUGCCGUGGCUGGAUGGUCUGAGUGGAGAUAGCGCUGAAGGCGCCAAGAGCCGCGAUGCCCUGGGCGCCUACGCCUUUCACGUGGUUGCAGCGACCCUGCGCAGCGACGUGUCUGAGAGCAACCUCUCCAUGGCGCUGGAGGUCUUCCACUGGUGGCUCCGCGAUGCCUUGCCAAAGAGCUUGGACGCCGAGGAGACGCCGGAGGAGGAUCUGAUGGCACAGGCUCUUGCCGACAGCCCUCUGGAUCGUCCGGAAGCCGCUAGCAGCUGCCCCUGGCUUUGGCUCCUCCUCUCACCCUUCCCUGAGAGCUUGGUUCAGACUCAUCCUGCAGUGACCCUGAAGUACUGGAAGCAGGUCUGCGCCCUGCUGUCCGGCACGCCUUCCGACGAGGGCUCCGGCCAAGCGCGGGCCGGGAGCCAGCUACUGUACCUCGCCCUCAUCUCCAACAAGCUUUGCCGCUCGGUGCUGCUGAAGCUCCAGGAGUGCGAGUCCCAGGUCACGGAGGCGUCCGAGCGCAUGCUGGUGUACGCAUUUGCAGUGCUGGUGCCCGCCGUGAGCGGCAUGGCCCACGUGCAGGCAGAGGCGCCGGAGCAAGGCCUCCAGCCACUGGCCGGGGCGGAAGCGGAAGCGGCGCAGGCCGCGAGGAGGUGCCUGGCCCAGCUGAAGCGCCUCUUCGAGCUGGCGUGGAAGCACCCCUCCGCCAAGGUGGCUCAGACCGCGGUGUCCUCUGCGCAGAAUCUGCUCCAGAACCCAGCCUGCUCGGACCUGUGCGCUGUGAUCGUGCCCGGGCUGGUGAGGGCCAUCGCGGAGCCCAUGCAGCCCAUGGAGCAAGCUUGGGGAGUGAUCCCCACUUUGCUGGUCGCCCAGCGCCAGGCGGGUGAAAGCGAGAUGGUGAAGGGCACUCUGCAGAUGCUGCUGCAACUGGUGAGCGCCGUGGUGGCGGACGCCCGGCAGCCGGAGGCGGCGGGCGCCAUGGCGCGUUGCCUGAUGCAGGUGGCGCAGAUCGAGGCGGCGGGGCUGAAGGCGGAGGUGGCCAGCAUGCCCGCGGACAGCCAACGCACGGUGCAGGAACUGCUGCGGGCACAUGUCAGCGGGGCUGGAAGAGUAGAAGCGGCGCCGAGCGCUCCCCGCAUGCCGCUGACACACAAGAAGAUCGAGCUGAAGUUGAAGUUCUGA